CAGCGGAAAGCGCCGGCCACAGGCCUCCAUUGACAUGUCGGUGCUCGACGCACUUUGGGAGGACCGGGAUGUCCGCUUCGACGUGUCUUCGCAACAAAUGAAAACAAGACCUGGAGAAGUCCUUAUUGAUUGUUUAGAUUCAAUUGAAGACACCAAAGGAAAUAAUGGGGAUAGGGGUAGACUCUUGGUGACAAAUUUAAGAAUUAUCUGGCACUCUUUGGCAUUACCCAGAGUCAAUCUUUCUAUUGGUUACAACUGCAUAUUGAAUAUUACAACAAGGACUGCUAACUCUAAAUUACGAGGCCAAACAGAAGCUCUUUACAUACUAACAAAAUGUAACAGUUCUCGUUUUGAGUUUAUAUUUACAAAUUUGGUUCCUGGAAGUCCUAGACUUUUUACUUCAGUUAUUGCAGUACACAGAGCAUAUGAAACUUCUAAAAUGUACCGUGAUUUUAAAUUGAGAAGUGCACUAAUUCAAAAUAAGCAACUAAGGUUAUUACCACAAGAACAUGUAUAUGAUAAAAUCAAUGGAGUAUGGAAUUUAUCCAGUGAUCAGGGAAAUUUAGGAACUUUUUUUAUUACCAAUGUGAGAAUUGUGUGGCAUGCAAAUAUGAACGACAGUUUCAAUGUCAGUAUACCUUAUCUGCAAAUUCGUUCAAUAAAGAUUAGAGAUUCAAAAUUUGGUUUAGCUCUUGUCAUAGAAAGCUCUCAGCAGAGUGGAGGAUAUGUUCUUGGCUUUAAAAUAGAUCCUAUAGAAAAACUGCAAGAAUCAGUUAAGGAAAUUAAUUCACUUCACAAAGUCUAUUCUGCCAGUCCAAUAUUUGGAGUCGAUUAUGAGAUGGAAGAAAAGCCACAGCCUCUUGAAGCUCUGACAGUUGAACAAAUUCAAGAUGAUGUAGAAAUUGACUCCGAUGAUCACACAGACGCUUUUGUGGCUUAUUUUGCUGAUAGCAAUAAGCAACAAGACCGUGAACCUGUGUUUUCAGAAGAACUGGGGCUUGCAAUAGAGAAAUUGAAGGAUGGACUCACCCUGCAGGGACUUUGGGAAGUAAUGAGUUGAUCUUGAGUUGAGCUGGAUUUCUAUUUAAAGAGAACUCAAGAUUA